GUACAUUCUCCGCACCGUUCUGGUGGGAUGAUAAAUUCGCGAUUAGCGCAAGAUUAGCGGGUGGGCUAACGAGAAGGUUCGUUUGAGUGAGUGAACAACUUCCCAAGUGUAUAGUGAAGGGCUGCGCGAACGCAGCGAACCAGCAAGGAUGCGAUCCUUGACCAACCCAGCGGGGCUGGCGCUGCUAGUGUUGUUUGCACUAUCGUUUAGCGCCAACGUCGUCCAAGCUUAUGGAGCGAAAACGACAUCGAGAGUAUGCUUCUCCAGCGUCGCCAACUUCACCGGAAACACUGCUAUCGGGCUGUGCUCGCAGGCAGUGUUGCAAAUGCUCAGGGUGGGUGUGAACGGCACGAUCGCGUACGUUACGACCGCCACAACGCCUCAGUCAACCGUGCUCAAACUGCUGCCGACCUACUGUAACCGAAGGCUGGCGUAUCCGUACCUCGAACCGUACCUGUCUGUUGUCGGGUCCGGCACGGAAGGACCGGUUGCUACCAUCCUAGCGAAUCCGACAAUUCGAGCAAACUACAUCCGGGCGCUGAUCACGUUCAUGAAGUCUUACCCGCGCUGCGUCGGACUAUUUAUCGAUUUCAGCAACCUCACCACAUCACAGGCGGCCGGUUAUGCCGCGUUCAUGCAGGCCCUGUUCCAGGCGGCUGGUACAGCUUCGCUCAAGCUGGCCUCAGCGCUGCCCUGGGAGGCAGACCGGUACGCCGAUGUCUACUACAGCGUCACUUUAAGAAGCUUAGCGUUUAACGUGCUGCGCACGUACGAUGAAUUCUACUCAUCGCUUACAACGGUCGUACGGCCGCUGAACCCGCUAGUUGCUAUGGCCGCACCGUUUAACGCCACGACGAAAACUAUCUCGUACAACCUGUACCGGUGGAUAAUCAAGGGACUGAACCCGAACAGCAUCAUACUCGGCCUGUCGAUGUAUGCUCGCGCAUAUACUGUGACAAAAGUUAGCCAGUUCGGUGCUACGGGAACGGCUAGCGCUUCGGUGGUAUCAUACUGCGAUGCACUUCUUUUCUCGACCAAGUUUGGACUGCAAACGAGCAGCGCUGGAGAGAGUGUAUCCUCUAGCAGCAGCAUGGCUUACGUAUUCACUUCGUUUCAAUCGGCUGAGCUCAAGCUGAACUUUGCAGUGUCUAAUAAUUUGGCUGGUGUUGCAUUGUUCUCAUUGAACACUGCCGGCACCAAUGCAGAGCUGCUGCGUUACGUGACGAGUAUUAUUGCACCGACGCCACCAACAGGUUUCCAAUAUCCUGUGGCGUCGUAUCCUACAUGCGGUGUUUCCAUUACAUUCCCAUCGUUGGUGGCUAUAACUACACUACCAACAGCCUCCACAGCAGCGGGUGGCGGUACCACUCGAGCUGGAGGAGUUACCACGGUUGCGCCAGGAGGAGACACCACGGCUGCUGGAAGUGGAACUACAGCCGCUGGAGGUGGUUCGACUGCUGCUGGAGGUGGAACUACUAUCGCUGGAGGAGGUUCAACAGCCGCUGGAGGAGGAUCAACUGCCGCUGGAGGAGGUUCAACUGCUGCUGGAGGUGGAACUACUAUCGCUGGAGGUGGUUCAACAGCCGCUGGAGGAGGUUCAACUGCCGCUGGAGGUGGUUCAACAGCCGCUGGAGGAGGCUCAACAGCCUCUGGAGGAGGUUCAACAGCAGCUGGAGGAGGCUCAACUGCUGCUGGAGGAGGAUCCACUGCCGCUGGAGGAGGUUCAACAGCCUCUGGAGGAGGAUCAACAGCCGCUGGAGGAGGAUCAACAGCCGCUGGAGGAGGUUCAACUGCUGCUGGAGGUGGAACUACUAUCGCUGGAGGUGGUUCAACAGCCGCUGGAGGAGGUUCAACAGCCGCUGGAGGAGGUUCAACAGCCGCUGGAGGAGGCUCAACAGCCUCUGGAGGAGGUUCAACAGCAGCUGGAGGAGGCUCAACUGCUGCUGGAGGAGGAUCCACUGCCGCUGGAGGAGGUUCAACAGCCUCUGGAGGAGGAUCAACAGCCGCUGGAGGAGGAUCAACAGCUGCUGGAGGAGGAUCAACAGCCGCUGGAGGAGGAUCAACAGCCGCUGGAGGAGGCUCGACUGCAGGAGGAGGAGGAACUACAGCCGCUGGAGGAGGAUCAACAGCCGCUGGAGGAGGUUCGACUGCUGCUGGAGGAGGAACUACUGCCGCUGGAGGAGGCUCGACUGCUGCUGGAGGAGGCUCUACUGUCGCUGGAGGAGGAUCAACAGCCGCUGGAGGAGGUUCGACUGCAGCAGGAGGUGGAACUACAGCCGCUGGAGGAGGUUCAACUGCCGCUGGAGGAGGUUCAACUGCCGCUGGAGGAGGUUCAACAGCCGCUGGAGGAGGAUCUACUGUCGCUGGAGGAGGCUCUACUGCCGCUGGAGGAGGAAGUACUGCUGCUGGGAGUGGAACUACUGUCGCUGGAGGAGGAUCAACAGCCGCUGGAGGAGGUUCUACUGCCGCUGGAGGAGGCUCGACUGCCGCAGGUGGAGGUUCAACUGCGGCUGGAGGAGGUUCAACAGCCGCUGGAGGAGGCUCAACAGCCGCUGGAGGAGGCUCAACAGCCGCUGGAGGAGGCUCAACAGCCGCUGGAGGAGGAUCAACAGCCGCAGGAGGAGGAUCAACAGCCGCUGGAGGAGGUUCAACAGCCGCUGGAGGAGGAACAACUGCCGCUGUAGGAGGAUCAACUGCUGCUGGAGGAGGAUCAACAGCCGCUGGAGGAGGCUCAACAGCCGCUGGAGGAGGCUCGACUGCCGCUGGAGGAGGUUCAACUGCUGCUGGAGGAGGAUCAACAGCCGCUGGAGGAGGCUCAACAGCCGCUGGAGGAGGAUCAACAGCCGCUGGAGGAGGAUCAACAGCCGCUGGAGGAGGAUCAACAGCCGCUGGAGGAGGCUCGACUGUUGCUGGAGGAGGAUCAACCGCCGUAGGAGGAGGAUCAACAGCCGCCGGAGGAGGAUCAACAGCUGCUGGAGGAGGUUCAACAGCAGCUGGAGGAGGCUCGACUGCAGCAGGAGGAGGAACUACAGCCGCUGGAGGAGGCUCGACUGUCGCCGGUGGUGGUUCAACAGCCGCUGGGGGUGGAACUACAGUAGCCGGAGGAGGUUCGACUGCUGCUGGAGGAGGAUCAACAGCAGCUGGAGGAGGAUCAACAGCCGCUGGAGGAGGUUCGACUGCUGCUGGAGGUGGAACUACUGCCGCUGGAGGAGGCUCGACUGUUGCUGGAGGAGGUUCAACAGCCGCUGGAGGAGGUUCGACUGCUGCUGGAGGUGGAACUACUGCCGCUGGAGGAGGCUCGACUGUUGCUGGAGGAGGUUCAACAGCCGCUGGAGGAGGCUCGACUGCUGCUGGAGGAGGCUCAACAGCCGCUGGAGGAGGUUCGACUAGUGCUGGAGGUGGAACUACUGCCGCUGGAGGAGGUUCAACAGUCGCUGGAGGAGGAUCAACAGCUGCUGGAGGAGGUUCGACAGCCGCUGGAGGAGGUUCAACAGCCGCUGGAGGAGGUUCAACAGCCGCUGGAGGAGGAUCAACAGCUGCAGGAGGAGGUUCAACAGCCGCUGGAGGAGGUUCAACUGCUGCUGGAGGUGGAACUACAGCCGCUGGAGGAGGCUCAACUGCCGCCGGUGGUGGUUCAACAGCCUCUGGGGGUGGAACUACAGUAGCCGGAGGAGGUUCGACUGCUGCUGGAGGAGGUUCAACAACCGCUGGAGGAGGAUCAACUGCUGCUGGAGGUGGAACUACUAUCGCUGGAGGAGGCUCGACUGCUGCUGGAGGAGGUUCAACAGCCGCUGGAGGUGGUUCUACUGCCGCUGGAGGAGGAUCAACAGCUGCUGGAGGAGGAUCAACAGCCGCUGGAGGAGGCUCGACUGCAGCAGGAGGUGGAACUACAGCCGCUGGAGGAGGCUCAACUGCCGCCGGUGGUGGUUCAACAGCCGCUGGGGGUGGAACUACAGUAGCCGGAGGAGGUUCGACUGCUGCUGGAGGUGGAACUACUGCGGCUGGAGGAGGUUCGACUGUUGCUGGAGGAGGAUCAACAGCCGCUGGAGGAGGCUCGACUGCUGCUGGAGGAGGUUCAACAGUCGCUGGAGGAGGUUCAACAACUGCUGGAGGAGGUUCAACAGCCGCUGGAGGAGGAUCAACAGCUGCUGGAGGAGGAUCAACAGCUGCUGGAGGAGGCUCAACUGCCGCUGGAGGAGGAUCAACAGCCGCUGGAGGAGGCUCGACUGCAGCAGGAGGUGGAACUACAGCCGCUGGAGGAGGCUCAACUGCCGCCGGUGGUGGUUCAACAGCCGCUGGGGUUGGAACUACAGUAGCCGGAGGAGGUUCGACUGCUGCUGGAGGAGGUUCAACAGCCGCUGGAGGAGGUUCGACUGCUGCUGGAGGAGGAUCUACAGCCGCUGGAGGAGGAUCAACAGCUGCUGGAGGAGGUUCAACAGCCGCUGGAGGAGGCUCGACUGCUGCUGGAGGAGGUUCUACUGUCGCUGGAGGAGGUUCAACUGCAGCAGGAGGAGGUUCAACAGCCGCUGCAGGAGGCUCAACAGCUGCUGGAGGAGGAUCAACAGCUGCUGGAGGUGGAUCAACUGCUGCAGGAGGAGGCUCAACAGCCGCUGGAGGAGGUUCAACAGCCGCUGGAGGUGGAUCAACAGCUGCUGGAGGAGAUUCAACAGCCGCUGGAGGAGGAUCAACAGCUGCUGGAGGAGGUACUACUGCAGCUGGAGGAGGUUCAACAGCCGCUGGAGGAGGCUCAACAGCCGCUGGAGGAGGAUCAACAGCCGCUGGAGGAGGAUCAACAGCCGCUGGAGGAGGUUCUACUGCAGCUGGAGGAGGAUCAACAGCUGCUGGAGGAGGUACAACAGCCGCUGGAGGAGGUUCAACAGCCGCUGGAGGAGGUUCAACAGCCGCUGGAGGAGGUUCAACAGCCGCUGGAGGAGGCUCAACAGUCGCUGGAGGAGGCUCGACUGCCGCUGGAGGAGGCUCGACUGCCGCUGGAGGAGGAUCAACAGCCGCUGGAGGAGGAUCAACAGCUGCUGGAGGAGGCUCAACAGCCGCUGGAGGAGGAUCAACAGCCGCUGGAGGAGGAUCAACUGCUGCAGGAGGAGGCUCAACAGCUGCUGGAGGAGGCUCGACUGUAGCAGGAGGAGGAUCUACAGCCGCUGGAGGAGGAUCAACAGCCGCUGGAGGAGGAUCAACAGCCGCUGGAGGAGGAUCAACUGCUGCUGGAGGAGGUUCAACAGCCGCUGGAGGAGGAUCAACAGCCGCUGGAGGAGGAUCAACAGCCGCUGGAGGAGGCUCAACAGCCGCUGGAGGAGGAUCAACAGCCGCUGGAGGAGGCUCGACUGCCGCUGGAGGAGGUUCAACAGCCGUAGGAGGAGGCUCAACAGCCGCUGGUGGAGGCUCAACUGCCGCUGGAGGAGGUUCAACAGUCGCUGGAGGAGGCUCAACAGCCGCUGGAGAAGGUUCAACUGCUGCUGGAGGAGGUUCAACAGCUGCUGGAGGAGGAUCAACAGCUGCUGGAGGAGGUUCAACAGCCGCUGGAGGAGGAUCAACAGCCGCUGGAGGAGGUUCAACAGCAGCUGGAGGAGGCUCGACUGCUGCUGGAGGAGGUUCUACUGUCGCUGGAGGAGGAUCAACUGCUGCUGGAGGAGGUUCUACUGCAGCUGCAGGAGGCUCAACUGCUGCUGGAGGAGGUUCAACAGCCGCUGGAGGAGGUUCAACAGCCGCUGGAGGAGGUUCAACAGCCGCUGGAGGAGGUUCAACAGCCGCUGGAGGAGGAUCAACCGCUGCAGGAGGAGGCUCGACUGCCGCUGGAGGAGGCUCGACUGCAGCAGGAGGAGGAUCUACAGCCGCUGGAGGAGGAUCAACCGCUGCAGGAGGAGGAUCAACAGCCGCUGGAGGAGGUUCAACAGCCGCUGGUGGAGGUUCAACAGUCGCUGGAGGAGGUUCAACAGCUGCUGGAGGAGGCUCGACUGCUGUAGGAGGAGGUUCAACAGUCGCUGGAGGAGGUUCAACAGCCGUAGGAGGAGGCUCAACAGCCGCUGGUGGAGGCUCGACUGCCGCUGGAGGAGGUUCAACUGUCGCUGGAGGAGGCUCAACAGCCGCUGGAGGAGGAUCAACAGCUGCUGGAGGAGGUUCAACAGCCGCUGGAGGAGGCACCACGUCUGCACCACAACCUACUGUUGUUUGCGGCAUUACUGUACGGUCGCAGUACGGAGCUCUUGUUAGCAGUUUUUGUGAUUCUGUUUUAGAGAUCAACCUGUACAUUCAAUCUGGAAGUGCGUGUGGGGUUGUAGUGUAACGUGGAGUUAGUUUUAAUUUAAUGUCAUUAUAAUGUUUUUCAAAUGAAUGUUAAUAAAGGU